CGCCGCGCGAGGGUGCCCGCGCUCCCCGUAUCGAUUCGACGUCGCGGGAAGCCCUCGUCGUUCAACCCCGAUCCGCUCCCUCAGUGUGCCGUCGCACGGCCCGCAAGCCGAGAGUUUCCGCGGGAACCCGCGCCCGAAGCCCUCAUACGUUGAGGUUAUGUUGUUUUUCUUCGUCGUCCGCCGUGGGGCCUUUCCGUGAAGCAAUUUGAUUGUGUCAAUUAGUCGAAGCGAAUUUAGUGUUCUCGUGUGGUGUGAAUCUGUUUUACUCUCGACUUGCGAAUAAGUGGCUCAGUUACCAGGAAUAUGACUCCAGUAUUUCGCCCUAGAAAAUCAGCUCACUGACCAGAAAUAUGACUCCUGUAUUUCGUCCUUUGUGUCUUCUCCGUAAAGCAGCUCACUGACCAGGAAUAUGAAUCCUGUAUUUCGCCCGAGAAAAUCAGCUCACUGACUAGAAAUAUGACUUCUGUAUUUCGUCCUCAAUUCUGAUCAUUGGCUUAGUCUACGACCAUGCUAUUCAAUUCACAUUUCCUUGAGUGCGGUUUCUUCGUUCCGUGUAUUGCAACGAGUCUCUUCGUACCGUGUAUUCCAACGAGCCUCGACCGGAAGUUUCAGGGAGUGAAGUCUCAGAAUGCGCAGAACUCAUCAUGAAUCUCCACGUCAGGAUCACCAGCUAGGUGACUCAGUAUGUAGAGGAUGACGUCUUAUACCGACCCGGAGUCUGUCGGAGGGUCACCCAAAAAAGGUCUAAGAUGUCGAAUCAAGGAGAGCCCCUCGCUGAUGGGGCGGCACCUCUCCAAGUCGGCCUCGGAGCUGAGCCACCGCGGGGACGUCCGCCUGGAGACGGCCCGCGCCGCCGAGCGAGAGCGCAGCACCCCCUCCGCAGCCCAUCACCUCUCCGUCAUCCAGAAGACACACUCCUUCUUCACCUCCUUGAAGGCUCGCUGGGUGCGGAGCAGGAGCCGGGAGAGGCGGAGCCUGCGGCGCGUGGAGAUGGGGCCGGGGGCGGGGGGGUCGCCGCUCCACGGGGGGNGGGGGCGCGACUCCCCCCGCAGCGCGACGGCCACCGACUACACCGCCGACAACUCCUCCGAAGGCAGCCCUCUCACCAUGUCACCUAAGCACCGGCUCCUCCACAGAUCCACCCUCCAAGAGUCACACGCCUACCCUGGAAUGCACAUUCCGUCCACUGAAACCGUUUCCAUGCCAGGAGACUCGCCCAGAUUUCUACCUAGACAAUUAACCCACCCUAGCUCCACAACCGUAGAACCAUUACCUCUUCCCUCAGACCCGCUCAUCAGUGAAUCUCAACGAAAAAAAGAAACCGUUCUCAGACAAUACUCGUUCUUCCAAUUAAGAGUCCACCUUCGAAGGGGGAAAGACUUAGUAGCUAGGGAUAAAAGUGGAACUAGUGACCCCUACGUGAAAUUCAAAGUCAACGGUCGGCUCAUGUACAAAUCUAAAACAAUAUACCGGGAUUUGAACCCGCAAUGGGACGAAAGCUUCACUCUGCCCGUUGAGGACGUUUUCACGCCUGUCCACAUCAAAGUUUUCGACUACGACUGGGGGUUGCAAGAUGACUUCAUGGGCGCUUCGUUCCUAGACUUAACUGCCUUAGAAUUAGGAAGAGCUCAAGAUAUCAGCUUGACGCUUCAAGACCCGGACAAGCCGGAGGAGUACCUGGGAGAAAUCGUGCUUACUACCACUCUCUGGCCGAGGACGCAAGAGGACAAAGAGCAAUAUUUCCAACGAAACAGUCGGAUAUCCGACAUGAACAGAAGACUGAAGAGUCAAAUAUGGAGCUCAGUUGUUACGAUCGUCCUUAUCGAUGCCAAGAACCUCCUCGCCAUGGACUUGGAUGGCUACAGUGAUCCUUACGUCAAAUUCAGGCUCGGGCAGGAAAAGUACAAAAGCAAAGUCAUCUACAAAUCAUUGAACCCAACGUGGUUGGAGCAGUUCGAUUUGCACCUCUACGACGACCAAUCUCAAGAACUUGAAGUCACCGUUUGGGACAAAGACCGCUCCAAAGAUGAUUUCAUAGGAAAGUGUUCGAUCGACCUCAGCCAACUCGAGCGGGAGAAAACGCACAAAAUCAAGAAAGACCUGGAAGAUGGCGCCGGGUCCAUCCAGCUCCUGCUCACCAUCAGCGGGACGACGGCGUCGGAGACCAUCUCCGACUUGACCACCUACGAGGUCAACCCCAGGGAGAAAGAAGUCCUCCUCGAACGAUACGCGUUGCAGAGGACUUUCCACAACCUGAAAGACGUGGGGCACCUGACGGUGCGGGUGUACAAGGCGCAAGGCCUGGCCGCGGCCGACCUCGGCGGGAAAUCGGAUCCGUUCUGCGUCCUCGAGUUGGUCAACGCCCGCCUCCAAACGCAGACCGAGUACAAAACGCUGACGCCCUCGUGGCAGAAGAUAUUCACCUUUAACGUUAAAGACAUUCAUUCGGUGCUGGAGGUGACCGUGUACGACGAGGACAAGGAUCACAAGGUGGAGUUCUUGGGGAAGGUGGCGAUCCCGCUGAUCCGGAUCAAGAACGGGGAGAAGCGAUGGUACGCGCUCAAAGACAAGAAGCUCUACGGGCGGGCCAAGGGGAACUCGCCGCAGAUCCUCCUUGAGAUGGACAUCGUCUGGAACCCCAUCCGCGCCUGCAUCAGGACCCUCAACCCCAAGGAGGACAAGUACAUGAACCCCGAGGUCAAGUUCAAGAGACAGGUCUUCGUCCGCAACGUCAUGAGGCUCAAAGCCAUCAUCAUGUGGAUCAUCGAUAUUAGUAAAGUCAUCCAGCGAUGGCUGGAGUGGGAGUCAACGAUACAAAGUAUAAUAGCUCUCACUGUGUUCAUUUUACUGUGCUACUACUUUGAACCCUACAUGGCUCCGCUAGCGAUGAUCCUCGUUUUCCUCAAGUGCUACGUUGUGCAAACUUUGAUGGGGAAUUGGUCCGCCAAUGAGGAUGACGACGAGCCCACCGGUGAUGAUGAUGAUGACGACGAAGACAAGGACAGGGAAGAGAAGAAAAGUCUGAAAGAGAAACUCCAGGCAAUCCAGGAAGUUACCCAGACGGUGCAAAACUCCAUCGGUUUUAUCGCAUCCCUCGGGGAGCAGGUUAAAAACACGUUCAACUUCACCGUGCCGUUCUUGAGCUUCCUGGCCAUGUUCCUAACCACGCUCAUCUGCUUCGUCCUGUACUGGGUGCCCGUGAGGUACCUCAUCAUGGCCUGGGGCAUCAACAAAUUCGCGCGCAAACUCAUCCGCCCGCACACCGUUCCCAAUAACGAAGUCUUGGACCUCCUCUCCAGGGUACCUGAUAACGAAGAGCUCAUUGCCUUCAGAGAGCUGCGAGUUCAACAAACAUCAGAUCCCAACACCGGUGGUGCUGGCAAAAGAGAUCUCCGCAAGAAACCCAAAGGCUCUUAGAAUUGUCAAUCUCGAUGAAAGUUCCUUUACAUGUGCUUUUUUCCUCUUAGAAACCGGUUCAGACCGCUACUUGGUUUUUUUUUACCCUUGAUACCUUGUACUUGAACCCGUGAAACCAAAGUGAUAUUUAGUUCUUAAGCUCAAUCAUCAUGCCCUAGUCGUAGAGGGACUGAAAAAUUUUAUCAUUAUUGUUAGUGAGUUAUGAAGUUACUAAAAGUUUAUUGUAAAGAUUAUGACAUUGAUGACUCAAGUGCAUUCUUACCGAAACGGUUUUACUGAUAAUCGAGUUUAUUGUCCUCUAAACAACGACUUUCUCACGUUUACCUGUUUAUAUCCAUUUUAUACCUACUAGUUAGCUAGGAGCUCUUUUUUCCUAAUAUUUGGACCCUGUAAAAAUUGCGUUUGACCAUUUGCUUGAUUAUGUAAACGAGCAAUUACAGCUAACUAAAGCUGUGCCCCGUUGUAUCCA